AUGCACCCCAUAAUAGCCUCUCGAACCAUUCCCCAUUCCACCUCCAACAAUCCCCUUUCCAUGCACAUCCUUGAAGCCAACUAUUCCCCCACCCGAGACCGGCCCCUCAUCAUCAUCCUCCUCCACGGCUUCCCUGAGCUCGCCUACUCCUGGCGCAAGGUCAUUCCGCCUCUUGCAGAGGCCGGGUACUAUUUUGUCGCUCCUAACUGUCGCGGCUUCGGCCGUACCACCGGCCACUAUGAUCAUUCCUACGAAAAUGUUUACAAGCAACCUGAGGCCUUGGAUAGGGUGAUAAUUGAGAUGAAGUGUUGUGGUUUCGAGCGUUGA